AUGUCGCUCUUCGGGCAGCCCGCGACCGGCGGCGGCGGCGGCCUGUUUGGCCAGCAGCAGCAGCAACAGCAACAGCAGCAGGGCACCGGCGGAGGGCUGUUCGGACAGGCCCAGCAGAACAAGCCCGCAACCGGGAGCAGCUUGUUCGGUCAGUCGACGGCGCAGACUCAGCAGCCUGCAGCAGCGACCGGCGGAGGACUGUUUGGAGGCGCGCAGACCCAGCAGCAGCCACAACAAGGUGCAACCGGCGGAGGCUUGUUCGGCCAGCAACAGGCCAAGCCCGCGACCGGAGGGCUCUUUGGCCAGUCGACCGCGCAGCCGCAGCAGACCGGGACCAUGGGCGGCGGGCUUUUCGGGCAGUCGACGGCUCAGGGCCAGCAGCAGCAGAGCACCGGCGGAGGGCUCUUUGGCCAGUCGACGCAGACCCAGCAGAAGCCCUCGCUCUUUGGCACGGCCUCGACGACCCUCGGUGGGAGCACCUUGGUGGGCGGCUCGACCCCCAAACCAUCGCUCUUCGGAUCCGCUACGACUCAACAGCAGCAGCCACAGAGCAACACUGCGUUUGGUGGCACCCUACUCGGCGGGAGCUUGUACGCGACGCCGGCCCAAAGCAUGCAGCCUCAGAGCAUGCAGCCUCAGCAGCAGCAGGCGCAACAGCAGCAGCAGCAGCCCGCCGGUGCCUACUUUGACAGCCUGUUCGCCAAGUCGCAGAAGGAGGGCGGUGUCAAGACGACAAACAUGGAGGACCUGCCGAGCCUGGAGCUUGGUCUGGGCGACCUCCGCCACCGCCUGCGAAAGCUGCAGUCGAAGCCGAGCGAACGGCCCCUGGAUGGCAAGGCGCACUACCUCCUGGCUGCGUCCGGCGUCGACCCCAGCGUCGCGGCCAAGGACCUCGGCAUGCUCGACGUUCAGGGCGCACGACCCGAACGGACGCACGGAUACGCCCCGACCGAGAUCGAUGUCGAGACGUACUUGUCGAACCUGCAGACGAAGACGACGCUCAGCAUGAUAGCCGACGGCCUCGAGCGCUCCGUGCGUGACUUCGACAACUUCCUCGACGACAAUGUGUCCAUGGAGUGGGACGCCCAACGGAAGCGCAUCUACCAGCACUUUGGCAUCAAGCCCCGCGAGGACUCUAUGGCUGCCGGUCGCGAGUCCCAGGCUGGAUUUGGCCGGUCCCGCCGCAGCAAGACCCAGGGCGGCGCAUCUCGGGCCGGGCGCAACAGCAUGCUGGGCAACUCGACGAUGCAGCGGUCCGUCAUUGGCGCGCCGAGUCGCAUCGGCACUCACCAAGCCGAGUUCUCUGACGUCGACCGCUCGUCGGACGGCUCGGGUGCCCUCAAGCCUCGCGGCGCUACCGAGGACAGAGCUGUGCGGGAGAGACAGGCCAAGCUGGCUGAAAAGGUCCGCACCCUGAACGCCGCUCGUCUGAUGAAGCGCCCGUACCCAAUCUUUGCAGAGCUGGGUGAGGUGGAGCAAAAGUCUCACGAGCCCCAUGCGCCUCACGUUGUCGAGGCCUACCGUGCCAUGAUUGAGAUUGUCGGCGAGGACCCCGAUGCUCAGACAUCACUCAACAACGCCACGGCGAGAGAGCGACAGUUUGCCGACAAGUACCUGGACGAGAAUCCCAACUCGCAGCGGUCUGUGGAGAUGAGGAAACGCAUCCUGCACGGCUCCAACAGCUUCCUUGAGAAACAAUUCCUGCGCGAGGUGGAGUCGUUGAUCGCUAAGCACCCUCACGAAGCCAGACUCGGCGGCCUGCCAGACAUUACCAGCAAGAUCAAGGCCUACAUCCGCCUGCGCUCUGCGCGCAGGGACCUCGUGCCCGACAACACAGAGCUCCAGCAGAUCCAGGGCGAGUACAUCUGGGCCGUGGUCUUUUACCUCCUCCGCUCGGGCCACGUCAGCGAGGCAGCUCAGUACGUCAACGACAACAGCAAUCAGUUUAGAGGAAUCGACCGCACGUUUUCAACGUACCUGAACAACUACGCGGCCAGCGAAGACCGGCGCAUCACCAACCGCAAGCUGCUCGAUCGCUGCACCAACGAGUACAUCCAGCGAUCCCGCAACGCCCCCGAAAACACCAUCGACCCGUUCCGCAUGGCCUGCUACAAGGUCAUUGGGCGGAUCGAGCUGGGCAACCGGAACCUCGACGGCUUGAACACGGACAUCAACGACUGGAUCUGGCUGCAGUUUAACCUGGCCAGAGAGGGCGACAGGACGAUUGAGAUGGCUGGAGAGUCGUACGGCCUUGCAGAGCUCCAGUCUAGCAUCCGGGAGAUUGGCCUGAAGCACUUCCCCAAGGCUACAUCGGAGGACACCAGCAACGGCAGCUUCGGCAUGUUUUUCUACCUGCAGGUGCUGUCGGGCAUGUUCGAAGAUGCAGUCGCCUACCUGUACCCCUUCUCCUACAUCGACGCCGUGCAUUUCGGCCUGGCGCUCGCCUACUACGGUCUCUUGCGGCCGAGCGACCCCAUGUCGGCAUCCAACGACCUCCGCAGCUAUAGCGUCAAGAACCUCCCGCAGAUCAACUUUGGGCGGAUGAUUGGCUACUACACGCGGGACUUCCGUGCCGCGGACGUGGUGUCAGCGGUGGACUACCUUGCGCUCAUCUGUCUGAACCGGGACUUGGGCGGAGAGGCCGGCCAGCGCCAGAGCGGCCUGUGCCACGAGGCGCUGCGCGAUCUCGUGCUCGAGACGCGCGAGUUCAGCACGCUCAUCGGCGACAUCAGGCCAGACGGGCGCGCCAUCCGCGGCGUGAUCGAGGAGCGCGGCCCGCUGAUCGGCCUCGACGACGAGGACGACUUUGCCAGCACAGUGACGCUGCAGGCGGCCAGCUUCGCGGACGAGAACGGGCGCACCACGGACUCGGUGCUGCUGUACCACCUGGCGGGCGAGUACGACACGGUGGUGGCCAUUGUGAGCAGGGCCCUUAGCGAGGCCAUCUCGCUCGAGAUUGGCGAGGACCCGAUGCGCCUGAUGCCGGUCAAGCCUCGGGCGGCGGGGGCGCAGGCGGAGCAGCAGCAGGGCAGCAGCCUGAGCCUGGCGUCCAUCGACGACCCGGUGGAGCUGGCCAGGACCAUGAUGGCCAUGUACGAGCGGGACGCCAUGUUCUACAGGAAGAUCCAGGACCAGAACAGGGUGGCGUGCCGGGUGCUGCUGGAGAUGAGCAGCAUCAAGAAGGUGGUGGAGGCGGGCCAGUGGGCGCAGGGCCUGGACAAAAUCCGCAGCCUGGAGAUUUUGCCGCUGGACGCGGCGGGCGACGCCAGCACGAUCCGGGCUUACGCGGCCAAGUUCUCGGGGCUGUCGCAGCCAGUGUCGAUCAACGUGCCUAACCUGCUCAUGUGGACAAUCAUCUGCUGCGUGAGGCAGCGGGAGCAGCUGAGCAACGGGCAGUUCAGCGGCAACGAGGGGACACGGCGGAUGAUGGUGGAGCAGCUCAAGCAGAUGACGCUGGACCUGACGACGUACACGAGCCAGCUGCGGUACCGGUUCCCGCCGCACCUGCACGAGGCGCUGGCGAGGGCGUCGGCGGAGUGA